UCUAUUUGUCUGUAAAGUUCUAUUUAAAUUUAUAUUGAUUACGGUAAUGUCGGUUGUUUACAUGGAGGACGAAGUGUAGAUAAUGAAGUUCCAUUUGCCAGAAAAUCAGUUAUGAAAAGAAAUGGAGCCUGAUAAAACUAAAAGUAAAACAUUAGAUGGCAUUAGACUUAAUCCAUCAGAUGAUUAUCAACUUAAUGUAUUUUUAAUGCAAAUUGCAAAGCAAAUAACAGAUGAGGAGUUUAACGAAAUAAAGUUUUAUUGUUCAGGAAAAAAUGGCAUGGCAAAAGGAAUCUUAGAAAAAAUAGAGGAUUGUAUUAGCCUCUUCAGACACAUGAAGGAAUUAAAUAUGUUGACAAAUGAAAAUCUUGCAACAUUCCAAGCUAUGAUAUGGCACCUAGGUAGAAAAGAUUUGUAUAGACAGUUUGUAGAAUUUUGUAAAAAUCGAGAAGAUAUAUUGCAUUUCUUUGCAUCAUCAGAUAAACCAGCAAAUGGUUACAUCCAUGUCGAUUUUCACAUCCGGGGUACCAAAGACUUUCGUCUCCAAGAUCUAGAAGAGCUCCGAAAUAGUUUGUCAAAUUUACUUUGUUGUCCACCUAGACACAUUAUCAUUGAUGGAAUAGAACCUACCAGUAGUAUUCACAUAACGUUCAUGAUUCCAGAGUUUUGCAUUGAAUACUUACUAACGAUAUCAGAAGCUGACAAAGGAAGAUUAUAUUCAUGUGGUGUAGAUAGAUUCAAAGUUGAUACACAGCUCAUUGAUUGUAUAGAUUUCAAAGAGACCGAACAUAUGCCUAGUUUAGAUAAAGAUGUUGCUGUUACAAAACUUCUGCAAACUAAAAAACAACUUGAAAAAGAUUUGGAACGGUAUCAGAUAGCAUAUGAAGAUUAUAUUUCAUAUCAUACUGAUUCUUUAAGAGAACUUGAAAAUGCUAAAGAAAAAAGCGAAGAAGAACUACAAAUAGAUAUAAGAAAACUUAAAAGUAUGAUUCAUGAGUAUCAACUGAAUUGUUUACAACUAACAAAUGAACUUGAAACGGCUCGGGAAGCGAUAUUAACCGACGAUGAUCAAGAAAAUGAAAAUUACUCGCGUAAAAGUGGUGGAAUAACUGUAUUACGAAGAACACUUUCCCAGGCAAAUAAAGCAGAGUUAGAGAAAAAGUCUAAUUUCUUUCAAUGGCAAAUUAUAAAAGCACUUCAAACCAGUAGAGCAUGUGAAAUAACUUCCGACAUUAUGAGAACUGUACAGAAAAACAGAAAGGACAUCGACUUAUUAAAGAAUCACAUACACAGACUAGUCAAUAGUGAAGUCUUUGACGAAGUUUAUGCGGCAGUUCUCAAUUUGAUCAGUAUAGAAGAUGCAAUGGCAGAAAAAGAGGGCUCGGAGUAUAACCAAUUAUCUACAUAUUAUAUUGACACUGAUGACGAUGAUGACUCCAGUGAUAGUGAUUAAAAGUGUGUGUGUGUUUGUGUGUGUGUGUGGGUGGGUGUGAGAGAGAGAGAGAGAGAGAGAGAGAGAGAGAGAGAGAGAGAGAGAGAGAGAGAGAG